CUCCCGAGCCCACACACCAACGACGAUAUACACACCCUGUCUUCACUCCCGGAAACCCGAGAAUUGCACGCAGAAUCAACCCAGAAUCCCAGAAUGGCCGGGAAUCCAAACUCCUGAGGGCAGUGUGGCCGUGGGACUUCGGGGCCGAAACACGUCGAGACGCGAUGGACGGCGACGGGAGGAGGCUGGCCGAGGUCGUCAAGGGCACGCACAGGAGGCUCAGGAAGCGGUGCAGGCAGGGUGAAGAUGAAGCUGAAGUUUGGAAGGAUCACAUUCAGCAUGAGGAUGUGUUACGUACUUAUGCAAGUGCAAUGCAUAGUCUCGCCACCAACCACUGGGAAUCUACACAGCAAAUCAACACUUCACGGGUUACAUGGGUUAACGAUGCUAUAAUACAGUAUUAUCAAAAAGGAGAAAUGACGCGUGUGACUCAGAAAGAACUCCGUAAAUUAACACACCUAGGAUUAGAAACGGAAUGUGAUGCUUCAGAUGGUUGUCUUCAGAAAGAGCAUGGAAAAUUGCAGCUGUUGGAUGUUGGCAGCUGCUAUAACCCCUUUUCUGUAUAUGAACAUUAUGAAGUUACUGCAAUUGAUUUGUAUCCAGCCCAACCAUCUGUUAAACAGUGUGAUUUUCUUGGUGUGGAACUAACUGAAGAGGCAACUCCACUAAAAAAUGAAGGAAAGAAUUACAAUGAAAAUGGGGAGAGAAAGUCUUCCUUAGAGGCUCCAGAAACGGCUUCAGAGAGUCCUAAGAGUGAUGUUGAUAAGGCGAGAAGUUCUCCAGAAAAGGAACAGAAAAGCACCCCAAACAGCAAGUCAGAUAAGAAGAUAGACACAGACUUGCAAACCUCUGAAAAUGUAACAAGUAAUAGUAAAAGUGAAAGUGAUGUGAAAGAAAAAGAGUGUGAAGAAAUGAACAAGAAAAGUGAAAGCAAUGAAAGUAACAGAAUUAGAUAUUUAAGAAGAGGAUUUUUUGAUGUUGUGGUGUUUUGCCUUCUGCUCGAGUAUAUACCAUCACCCAAGCAAAGAUUUCAUUGUUGUGAAAAAGCAUAUAAUCUCCUCAAGCCUAAUGGUCUUUUGUGCAUUAUAACUCCUGACAGUAAACAUCAGAAUGCAAAUGUACAUCUCUAUAAAUUAUGGAAAAUUACCCUAGGUUUUCUUGGAUUUUCUAGGGUAAAAUAUGAAAAGCUAACACACUUUCAUGGCAUGGUGUUCCGCAAAGGCUUGUGCAAAAGAGCCUGGGAGCUAGAUGCCGAUAGAGAGCUAUCUAACAUCAAAAAUACAAAUGUGAAAAGUAGAUUUGAAACCAUCAGUUACGACAAGAUUAAACAUGAGAUGUAUAUACCUCAAGAUUUUCAAGAGUUAUCCGAUAGUGAUGAGGAGUUACCUGAAAAGUGUUUGAAAUUGUCAUAGUGAUCAUAUGAGGGGAAUAAAAAAAAUCAAGUUAAAUUUACAAGUUUUUAUUACAUACUCCAGGCUAGUGUAUAAACGUUUGAAAUAGUUUUUGUAUAAGAUUGAGUUUUGUUAUAUUUUUUUAUAAAUAUAUGUAUUUUAAUAGACUUA